AUGACGUCGCCAUUUGGUUUUUCCUGGGAAGUGUCAUCUCCCUCAUUGUUGCAAGAACAGGAGGAAGAUUUGCAACUUUAUCUAACUCUCAUCGGAGAUAAAAUAGCAGAUUACUUCAUUCUCAAGGUACGAGUUAGGCAUCAAAGGUGCUGGACUACUCAUCCUCAACAACCACAAUCACAUUAUCCAGUGUUAGGAGCCACUGAUACGUUUGCAUGUCACAGCUCAAUUCUAAUGCAAGCGCAAGAAUUCCUUCAAAACGGUUCAUCACACAUGCAAUUGCAUUUUCCUGAUGAUGUUAUACCAAAUGUCUUGAUUCAUCACAUGAUGCCAGAUGUCAUCUCCUACGCGGAAACCAUAAUUCAAACUCGUCGUCCCGGAUUCCUCUACGAAAGACCUGAUUUUCGUUUGUUCAGUUUGAAUUUGGACAUCAUUAUCCAGAAUUCGUUAGAGUUUGUUGAUGACUACGGCGACAUUAUCACCGACUUCAUCAUUGAAGAGUCCAUGGGAAAUACUAAUAUUAAGAUGGUUCCUACUUCGAAGAGUGCCAUUGAUUCUCUUGAGGAAGUGAAGCUUGAAAAGAAUAACAAUGCAACAGAGAGGUGCAGUAUUUGUCUAUCUGAAUUUGAUUACGGUGAUGAUGCAGAACAAGUUUUAUCAAUGCCUUGUAAGCAUGUGUAUCAUCAAGAAUGCAUCAUCCGCUGGCUCAAGACUAGUCAUUUAUGCCCUUUAUGUCGCUAUCCGAUGCCAACAAAUUAA